AUGUCCCUCAAAAGGUCGCAUAGCCAGUGGCCUGAAGGUAUCCCCUCAGUUAUUCGCCGACACGAAGAACAUGUCGAUUGGGACAGUCUCGGUGCCACCACUCGUGCAUGGAGGUAUUUUGCUCGUGAGCGGUGGGUCGGCGGCGACACCGCAGAUCAACAGAAACGAGACCUGAUCGAAGAAUGGGCGACAGCAGACCAAGAAUUCCGAGAUGGCUAUCAAUCUCGAGCACCAGAGGACGAGCCUAGUUAUUUCGAAGGCCCGGAACUUAAAGACGAGUCUUUCAUUAGAAGUGACGUUGAAGGUUCCUGCAUGGUCUACAUCUAUAUCACUGAAUUAAACGAAGGUAAACAAGCCCUACUGACUAAGUGUAACUUGGGUUUAUUCCCAUGGGAGGAUGGUUGGGAAUUUCUAGCAUCCGGAAUUGUGAUGUUUUUGCCCUUGGGAGGGAAUCAAGGCGAUAUUCUCGACACUUUCCAGCUCCAGCAAAGCGUCGCCCGGCCCGAUUUUCUCGAUAUGCAUAUGGCGCUUGAUGAAACGGUGCUUUUCAGGGAUUGUUAUCGCAAGCCGAUUAUUGAUGACCGAACCCUGGAGACAGAACUGGGGCUUUGGGUUCAGUUCGAAACGAACGGUAUCUAUAAAACAGCCUACUGGGCCCAAAUUAUGUCGGCGGAACAUGCCGAGUAUUAUCGUGACAUUGGUCCUGGCAAUCAGAGGGAUCCAAAGUUUAUCUUAGAGGGUGAGCCGGUCGAUAUGCGGAAGCCACUUGUGGAGAUCUACCAGGGUGAUGAAGUCGAUUGA